UUUAGAAGGAAAAACCCAACCCUUGCUUGACAGGCUCUUAGAUGGUAUUGGAGACGGCAACCGCUGUCCGUCCUAGAACCAGAGCGCCAUCGCCGUCAGUUCUGGGCCCGGACCAUGCGUGGGACAAAGAAAUACAGGCAUGUUAUUGAGACGCCAGAUUCCGGCAAGUGGGAGCUGGCGGGAUACGAGGCAACUCUGCCCAUCAGUGAGAAGUCCAACCCCAUCACCAGGGAGCUGGAUAAGGCUGACCCUGUGCAGAUUGUCCAGCUUCUGAAGGAAUGUGACGCAGAGAUAUUCCAGGAGGAGGACGAAGCUCUGCUCAACUAUACGAGACUGUACAGUGAGUCAGUGCUGAAGACCAUGAUCGACAUUAUCAAUAAAGUGCAGGAAGUCCUGAAGGACCCAGACAACACCCUUAUCGUGCUGAGCGGCGGGGGCGCCUCGGGCAGGCUGGCCUUCCUCAUUGCUGUUUCCUUUAACAAGCUGCUGAAGGGUCUAGGUCAGCUGCCCUGUUACACAUACAUCAUUGCUGGGGGAGACAGAUCCCUAGUGAUGUCCCAGGAGGGACUGGAGGACUCCGCCCUGCUGGGGAUCGAGGAGCUGAGCAAGGUCUGUGAGGGGAAGAAAAAAGUAGUUUUCAUUGGAAUUUCAUGUGGUUUAUCUGCGCCUUUUGUGGCUGGACAGCUGGACUUUUGCAUGAAUAACCUGGACAUUUUCUUGCCAGUCCUGGUGGGAUUCAACCCCGUCAGCAUGGCCAGGAAUGAGAAGAUCGAGGGCUGGCACUCUACCUUCCGCCAGGUGGCUGAGCGGAUGCAGAAGCUGCAGGAGUCACACAAAGCCUUUAUCCUUAAUCCCGCUGUGGGGCCUGAAGGCAUCAGUGGCUCCUCACGGAUGAAGGGCGGAAGUGCCACCAAGAUCCUGCUAGAGACCCUGUUGCUUGCAGCACACAAGACAGUCUCCAAGGACGCUGACAUCUCAGAAAAAUGCCUCCUGGAAAUCCUGAGGACAUAUGAACGUGCUCACAAAGUCACCUAUGCCCAGAGCAAAAAGAUCGCUGCCUUGGUGAAGCAAGCAGGCACCAGCUUGCAGAAGAAGGCCUGUGUGUACAUAGUGGGUUGGCACACGCUGGGCAUCAUUGCCAUCAUGGACGGUGCUGAGUGCAUCCCAACGUUUGGGGCAGACUAUAAUGACGUGCGAGGCUUCUUGAUUGGGGAUCGCAGUGAGAUGUUCAACAAGGAGGCAGAUCUGAUAGCACAGGGCCCGCAGUUCGCCUUCUCUCAGGAGGACUUUGUGAAGACGAUUCUCCCAUCACUGACUGAGCUCGAUACUGUUCUCUUCCUCUUCACGCUGGAUGAUGACCUCGCAGAGGUGGAGAAGCUUGUGGUUCAGGUGAAGGAGAAGACAUCAAAUGUCCAAGCACUUUCUCAUGCCACUGUUGGGCAGUACCUUCCGGCCUCCCUCAAGAAGCUGUUUCCUUCCAUCAUGAGCAUCACGUGGCCCAUCCUGUUCCUGGAGUAUGAGGGGAAUUUUAUCCAGAAGUUCCAGAGGGAGCUCAGCACCAAGUGGAUCCUCAACACAGUCAGCACCGGGGCCCAUGUCCUCAAGGGCAAAAUUCUCCACAACUACAUGGUGGACCUGAGAAUUAGCAACUCCAAGCUCUUCUGGAGAGCGGUGUGCAUCCUGCAGCGGUUCACGGGGCACUCCCAGGCCAGGUGCCUGGAGGGCCUGCUGCAGACCAUAUAUGACCCUGAGGUGCUCUCAGAUGACAUUCGCAAUGCAGAGCUCUCCAAACAUAUUGCAAUAGCAACGGAGAAGAAAAAGGUUGUCCCCACAGCCCUUCUGUGCCUGCUGCGGAACUGCUCAGUGCAGGAGGCCCAACUGCGGCUUGACACCUCCCCGUCCAUCCGAGCAGCCAUUGAGUCCUCACUGAAUGCUCCGGGGCGCAAACGGGGUGCAGACAAAUCAGACUCCACAGGCAGGAGCACAUAGGAGGCAGCACCCAUCCACUAAGGGGACUAUGGGGGGAGGGAAGGGCCCAGCAUCAUUAACUUGUGUAUGGAUCCAGCAGUGCAUGCUGGCCAGGCAGCCACACUGUCUUCCAGCCAGGGAGAGCCGCCAACUCCCUGAACAAGAGCAGCAGCUGGGAUCUGGUGAACACAAGCAGCACCCACCUAGAUUGGGAGCCGAAUGCUGUGGGCUCUCCUGUUAGCUCCUGGUGGGAGGGGACAGAUUACCUGGAGGUGGGAAUCUUGUGUUGUCUAGGAGCCUGAAUUUCCAUGGCGGACCAUGUGCUCCCCAGGGGCCUGGAUUGCUCUGGGUGAGCUAAUCUCUGGUGGAUGGGGGAGUGGGGGGGUAUCAUCUUACCUUGGGGAAUCAGGGUGUGGGAUGCACUGUAAUCCUUUGAGCAGGUCAGCUGUUCUCUCUGCUCUCGGGAGGAGGAAGAGUCACUCUGUGAUGUGAGCUACUGGGGGAAGUUGUUCUGUAAUCCCCAGAACAUGGGGUGGGUUGUAGGUGUGUGGGGUCAGGUGAGGCUGGAUGUUGUCACCGUGUGUUUAAUCUUUUUUUAAAUAAACUGUUCUGUGUUUGCCCAGCUGUCUGUGCUGUCAGCUCAGCAGCUGUUUGGGGCUCAUGGGCGGCUCCCCAGCUUGUGCAAGACCAGAGCUGGCAGCAGAGGGGAUGUGUGCCCUGCCCACCUAUCCCAAACUGCACUGACUGCCAACAGCCCACAGGGCCCCGGCACAGCCCCACCCCACCAGCAGGGGCUGGAGUGGAAGGGGAGUCUCUGCAUUGUGGCAAUUAUUCACUGAGUGGCCGGAGUGCUAGGGCUGUCAAAACCCUUGCAUUUGUCCCUGUGUCCAGCAGCUUCCAUGCCCCCCACCAUGGCAAAGUCCUUUGCUGCAUUAUCUCUGCAGGUGGGAUGAUGGAUGUUGGAGCUGAAGGUUCGAGGUGAGGAACUUGCCUUGAACAGUCCUGUGUUCUAGAGCUAUGGGGGCACCGCCUGCCUUUGCUUUAGGCAUCACAUCACCAGGACACUGACAGCCAGGAACUCUGGUGGGCAUUGUCCUUGACUCUGUAAUCAGCUCCCUCCUAGUGCUAUCACAGCAUCCCUGCACCUCCAAACGUGGUUUGGCUGCAUUCUGAGAAAAACAAGGUUAUGGCACAAUUCUCACACCAGGCAGCAGAACUGAGCUUUCUGGCUGGGCUGGGCAGUCAGUCCAUUCCUGGGCGUGUAGCCAGCAUGGCAUGGAAUAACCAUUCCCCUUUCCCCAGGGCCUCUUUAGCAUUCGGCACCCUAGCAUUCUGGCUGCUCUGCACCACCUGAUCAGUAGAGACUGAGGGCCUAAGCUUCACCUCUGCAGUUCCCAACCCUGGGACCUGCAGGCUGCUCUAGCUUAGUCUGGAUGCUAACACUCCCUGGGGCAGAAACAGGCCAGAGUAGUACCAGGGAUUGUCAUGAGGGAGGGUUUGUUCUAACUGCUAAGUCAACUCCUGCCCCUCUGCUGAGCUGAUGGUCCUGUGGCUCCAUGGCCAGACUGCCAGCAGCACGGCACAGAGUAGCCACCUCGUAGCCAUGCCUGGCCCACAGAUGGCAAACCGCUCAGGCCCAGCAUGCACCUGCCAAGCCACAUACGUUACUGUUCAUCAUCAUCAUCGCUUUGGUGUG